AUCGUUUCUGCUGUAAUCAGCUGACCGGCACAGUACGAUGUUGAUACGUGCAAGAGUUUGCAGGUCGAUGUUAGUACGCGUUAAUGUGCUAUAAAAUAAUCAAUCUAAUGGUUCGUAACAUUCGUAUGAACAGAGUUAUGGAUAAUCGAAAGGAAAUAUUGUGUUCAAUACACAAUUGUCUUAAACUAUGAAGGCGAAUAAAAAGGUUUCUUAAACUUACAUAAUGGGUGUUCAAGGGCUUUGGCGUUUACUUGAUGCAACAGGGAAGCAAGUACCUUUGGAAACACUCGAAGGAAAAAUCUUAGCAGUAGAUGUAUCCAUUUGGAUACAUCAAGUAUUACAAGGAUAUCAAGAUCGCUUUGGCAACUCCAAACCAAAUGCACAUCUUAUCGGAUUAUUCAACAGAAUAUGCAAGCUUUUGUAUUACAAAAUCAAACCAGUUUUUGUUUUUGAUGGAGGUGUACCAAUGCUUAAGAAAGAUACAAUUGCCUUGCGUAGGAACAUGAAAUCUAUGGCCAAGAAUAAAGCCCAACAGAUGAGGACAGAAUUAAUAAAUAACUUGAUAAAGCACUCUGCUGUAAGAACAGUUCUUAAUACAGAGGAAGAAAAUGUUGGAAAGAUCUCUUCUGAAAUAGUUACAAAUGUGCAAACUAAACAAACUGCAGAUGAUAUGUUUAAAUUACCAGAUUUGCCAAGCACAAGCAAAGUAGAGUCAGACCAUAGCGACGACUAUGAUUCUGAUUCAUCUGUUAAUUUGAGUCCACGAAAGCAAACAAAGUGGAUUGGAAACAUUCACAAUGUAGAUGUAACUAGUGCUGAUUUCAAAGCCUUACCAGCUGAUGUUCGCUAUGAUAUUCUCACUGACCUGAAGGAAACAAGAAAGCAAAGUUCGUGGGGCCGUUUGCAUGAGAUGCCCGAAGAGACCCAUGAAUUUUCUGGUUUCCAAAUGAAACGUUUAUUAAAACGUAGAUUAGUCCAGCAGAAUUUGGAAACUGCAGAAAAAGAAAUGGGAGGAAAAACACUCACGUUAGAUGAAUUAGAUAAAUUAUUGACUGAACAGGGUGUAAAUACCAGUGGCUACAAUUGCACUUACCGCGUUGCAGCCGACAAUUCAACUAGACUACUUUACAUCAGUGAUAAAAAUGCGUAUAUUAAAAGCACCAGCAAUAAUGAUAAUUCACAAAGCGAAAAUACUAAGAAUAAUGUAGAUAAAGUAGAAGAACCUGUACCUGGAUUUAGUAAAGCUGUACCGAUUUGCGAGGAUAUAAAUGAAUAUGAAUUCGACAAUGAGUGGGAUAGCGAUAUUGAAAUAACAGACACUACAAAUAAUUCGAAGUUAACUGUGGAAGAAAUGAGUAGCGACGCUGAAUCGGAUGUAGAAUUGAACGAGUCACGACGUCUUACUAAAAAGUAUUUGGGAAAAAAUGUUGUCAAUCCCGCGUUAACAUAUAUGCUGGAGUAUAGCGGAUUAACGGAGAAACAAAUCCUUACGCUUCUCGAACAAAAUAAAAAAAAGGAAGGUUACGAAGGUACUCGGAAUGCUUCGAAAGAAUCACAACAAACCGAAUUUGCGAAUCUGGAUUUCACAGAAUCUACGCAAUCAUUUAAUACGCUACAGACUGAAUUAUCUGAAUCAAAUACAGAAUCGAAUAUCAGAUCACGGACUGAAUUAUCUGAAUCAAAUACUGAAUUGGAUUCCAAUGCAUCUUCUUUCAAAGCUUCGAAUGCUUCAAAUACUGAGCAAAUUAAAUCAAUAGACACAGCGAUAAUUAGUUCAACAGAUUCAGAUUCUGAUGAUUUUGUAGAAAUACAAGACGUAUUGAUACCGGAUGUAGACACUGAUGGUAAUAAUAGUGCUUCGAAAGAAGGUAUUCAAAUAACAUUUCGAUCUGAUCAGAAAAUAGAAGAUGAUAUAUUUGCCGAUGUGUUUGAAACUCCGAAUAGCAAAUCAAAUGCAGAACUAAAGUCUCAAAACUCAUCGCUGACCAGUGAAAUUUCCGAGAAAUUAGUUGAAAGCUUUUCUGAGAAUCGAGAGACAUCGGAAGAUAAAGUUAUCCCACAGAAAGCAAUUGUAGAAUCAACAGAAGACAAAAUUAAAGAUCAGCAAUUACCCGAUUCAAUCAAAAUGGACGAUACUGAAGAGCAGCCCGUUGAAAAUGACGAAAAUAGGGAUACACAGUUACAAACAGAUCAAACGAAAUUAACAAACAAGGAAAAUAUAACUAAUCAUGAAACUAAUAAUGCAGAGAUUACAAGUAUACAAAACAGUACGAUUGUAGAUGUACCGUCUGACGAUUCGAGAAGAAUAAGUCCUCUACCCGUGAAUGAAGAUGAACUAUUAUCCUUAAAAACACGAUUAGAGGCUGAGCAAUCGGAGCUAGCGGCAAAUAUUGGCAAGUUUGACAGGCAGGGUAUCAAUAUUUCUAAUCAAAUACGUAUCGAAUCUCAAGAACUAUUACGAUUAUUUGGUAUACCAUAUAUUGUGGCGCCUAUGGAAGCAGAAGCACAAUGUGCAUACUUGGAACAAAUUCAUUUGACCGAUGGUACAAUUACAGACGAUUCGGACAUAUGGCUUUUCGGAGGACAAUGUGUUUACAAAAAUUUUUUCGAUAACGACAAGAAAGUCCUCCAAUAUUGUUCCAACGACAUACAUCAUCAUUUCAAAUUAACUAGAAGCGAAAUGAUACGACUGGCUCUUUUAGUCGGCAGCGAUUAUACUACAGGUUUACCCGGUAUUGGACCUGUUACAGCUUUAGAGAUACUAGCAGCUUUUCCUUCGGAAGGAGAUGAUGUGUUGCGAGGCUUGACAACGUUUUGUUCAUGGAUCAAGAGUGGUAGAGCCGUGGGACCUGGAAAAGCUGCUCUACGAAAUAAGUUACAGAAUGUACAAAUUCAUAAAGGAUUUCCAAGUCAAGCCGUCGUACAAGCGUAUCUUUUUCCCGAGGUGGACGAAUCGAAAGAAUGUUUCACUUGGGGUAAACUCAACACGCUUCUUUUGUCAGAUUACACAAGACAAAAAUUCGGUUGGACCAAAGAAAAAUUCGAUAAAAUUAUAACACCUAUAUUGAAUAGAAUGGAAGAAAAGCAAAGUCAGAAAACGAUAAAUGCAUAUUUUAAAGUGCACACUGUUCCGAAAUCCAUCGAAGUGAACAUGAGUAAACGAGUUCAAAAAGCUGUGCAAAAAUUAAGCAACCCGAAUGCGGAAGAAGCACCCGAAAGUAUGUUAAGUAAAUUACAACAAAUGAAGAGAACGAAAUCGAAACCUCCGAACGAAAAUCGGAAGAAGAAAACAAAAUUGACGGACAAAGAAGAUGCGGUCGAAGCUGCUAAGCCAAAUACUUUGAACGUUCCUGCCACUAGCGAUAAAUAUGUCGAGGAAUACAUACCGCAAAGAGAAAAAGAUAGAGAGGCUGCCUUGAAGAAAAGAUUAAACGCGAUCGAAGUGCUUAGAAAAUCGAAACAAGGAUUAUACAAAACAAAGAAAGUGAAGCGUUGCGUUAGGAAAGUGAAGAAGGAAGCUGGUCUUUCGGAAAGUGAUAGCAGCAGUUCAUAAAGGAAUUUAAUAAAAGAUAA